GCGCCCGUCGCUGAUCAGCGGAUUUGCCCAUGGUCAGUCCAGUGUUGCUUCCUUUUCACGUGCUGCCAAGAAUCCAAAAUGGCGCACUACAACUUUAAGAAGAUCACAGUGGUUCCUACCGCCAAGGACUUCAUCGACAUCGUUUUAUCCAAGACACAACGUAAAACUCCAACAGUAGUUCACAAGGGUUAUAAAAUCAGCAGAAUUCGUAAUUUUUAUUUAAGAAAAAUAAAGUACACUCAACAGAAUUACCAUGAUAAAUUGUCUCAAGUCAUCACAGAUUUCCCAAGACUUGAGGAUGUGCAUCCAUUUUAUGCCGACUUGAUGAAUGUUCUAUACGAUAGAGAUCAUUAUAAACUGGCUCUAGGACAGAUAAACACUGCUAGAAAUUUGAUUGAUAAUGUUGCUAAGGAUUAUGUUCGCUUGAUGAAGUAUGGUGACUCAUUAUAUAGAUGUAAACAACUGAAACGAGCUGCUCUUGGAAGGAUGUGCACCAUUAUGAAGAGACAAAACCAGAGUUUGCAGUAUCUAGAACAAGUUAGACAACAUUUAUCAAGGUUACCAUCUAUAGACCCCAACACAAGAACCCUGUUAGUCUGUGGGUUUCCAAAUGUUGGCAAAUCCAGUUUUAUGAACAAAGUUACAAGAGCUGAUGUUGAGGUCCAGCCAUAUGCAUUCACUACCAAAUCCUUGUUUGUUGGACACAUGGACUACAAGUACUUGAGAUGGCAGGUUGUUGACACUCCAGGAAUAUUGGACCAUACACUUGAGGAGAGAAACACCAUUGAAAUGCAGGCUAUUACAGCCCUGGCGCAUCUUCGUUCGGCAGUUCUGUAUGUAGUAGAUAUAUCAGAGCAGUGUGGUCAUACUUUACAUGAACAGCUGGAGUUGUUUAAUAACAUCAAGCCAUUGUUUGCUAACAAACCACUGAUUGUGGUCAUAAACAAGAUUGACAUUGUCCGUCCUGAUGAGGUGUCUGAUGAAAAGAAGGAGGUUUUGAAUGCAUUUGAUGGUGAAGGUGUCACAGUAAUCUCCAUGAGCAACAUCAGCGAUGAAGGAGUCAUGACAGUACGAAACGAGGCCUGCGAACAACUCCUUGCUCAACGAGUGGAAGUCAAAAUGCGAAGCAAGAAAGUGAACGAUGUUGUCAACAGACUCCAUGUUGCCAUGCCAACACCAAGAGACAACAAAGAGAGACCGCCAUUCAUUCCACAAGCUGUCCUGGAUAGGAAGAAGGCAAUGGAAGUGGAAGGAACCAGGAAAAAGAAGUUGGCAGUGGAACUGGAGAAAGAAAUGGCUGAUGAUUACUAUCUUGAUUUACGACAACACUGGGACUUGAAGUCAGAGCAGGACAGGGAAGAUGUUAUUCCUGAGAUCUUCUUGGGCAAGAAUGUGGCUGACUAUAUUGAUUCUGAUAUAAUGAAGAAACUUGAGGAGCUGGAGAGAGAAGAAGAACUACGAGAAGCAGCUGGAGUCUAUGACUCUUCUGAAGAAGAGCUGGAUUCUGAAGAGGAAGAAAUCAGGAAGAAGGCUGCAGAAAUCCGUGAGAAGAGAUUGUUUAUCGUGAAAAGACACAGAGAAAACAAAGGCACCCAGAACAGAGCAAUCAUCCCUAAAGUAGCAUUAGCCAAGGCGGAAGCUGCUCGAUCUAAACUAGCAAACAGACACAAGAAUGUUGAUGAGGAGAUGGAUGACAUAGAGGGUAUUGAGGAUGAUGAUCCCAUGUCAGGAGUCAAGACCCGCUCUAGGUCCAAGACCCCUGUCAACCGUAAAAGGAAGAGAGAGACUUCCAAUUUUGAACCAAGUGCCUCUCGUAGCAGGUCGCGUCCUCCACGUGACCAAUCUGGAAUUCAGCCUGAGAACAAGAUGAAAGCAAAGAAAAUGGCAAAGGUGUCACAGAGGAAAAUGAACAGACUGGGCAAAGCUGGUGAAGCUGACAGGAUGAUAAGAACAAAGAUGCCGAAACAUUUGUUCAGUGGAAAAAGAAAAUCAGGCAAGACAACGAGAAGAUAAUUCAUGUUGGUUUGCACUGAAAUUCAUUAAAAAAAAUUUGGACAGACUCA